GAGCACAGCAGGGGAUCCCAUCCCCAUCACAAUACCCGCCUUUCUCUCUCUCAAUCUUUCCACGAAUUCCGCAUUUUUUGAGAGAGAAAGCGCGGUUAAGAGAUCUGAAUCCACAUCAAUUUCAAUUCUUGACUCUCCUCAGUUUCUGGCUCACCCGGAAGCUUCGUUUCCGUUUCUUCGGUAAUUUUCGUUUUAUGUAGUAGUGUGUGAUUUGUGCAUUUUUUUGAGCUUUGGUUAAAUUCUCGAGCUAAAAUUGAAGCUAGAUCGAGUGUGUUGAGCUAGUCUCGCUGCGUCUUGUUUAUUUGUUUUCAGAAUUUGUAUUCCUGGUGUUGCGAAGUUGGAAUCAAGACUUUGGGGGCUAUUGGGUUUUGGCAAGUUCUUAUUUUGUGUUGAAGAAUUGAAUUUGUCGUUGGCGUAGAUGAAACUUCAGCUUCAUAGUCGGGAUCUUUUAGGUGCUGGGAACUGUGAUGGUUUCUUUGCAUUUUCUGUUCACUAUGGUGGAGAGCUCGUGCUUUGAGAUUCUUCAUAGAAUAAGGUUUUGGCGAAGUUUCAAAUUAAUUGAAUUGACUGAGUGAAAGGGAAAAACGAAGAUUGAUAUUAGGAACACUGAACAAUGGAAGAUUUGUCAAAAUAUGCACAUAGUCCUGCCCAUCUGGCAGUGCUUCGGCAUGAUUAUACAGCAUUGAAACGGAUAGUGGAAGGGCUUCCUAAUUUGGCUAAGGCCGGUGAGGUGAAUAAUGAGGCUGAAUCCAUUGCUGCUGAGAAGGAUGCUGAUGCUGUGUCUCUAGUGAUUGACAGAAGAGAUGUUCCGGGCAGGGAAACUCCUUUGCACCUCGCGGUGCGGCUGCAUGAUGCAUUGUCAGCUGAGAUGUUAAUGGCAGCAGGUGCUGAUUGGAGUCUGCAAAAUGAGAAUGGGUGGAGUGCACUCCAGGAGGCGGUUUGUACGAGAGAGGAGAACAUUGCGAUGAUCAUAGCCCGACAUUACCAGCCUCUUGGCUGGGCUAAAUGGUGCCGCAGGCUUCCCAGGAUCGUGGCAUCAGCAGCUCGGAUCCGUGACUUUUAUAUGGAAAUUACCUUCCAUUUUGAGAGUUCGGUGAUACCAUUUAUUGGUAGAAUUGCCCCUUCAGACACUUACCGUAUAUGGAAACGUGGCUCUAACCUCCGAGCAGAUAUGACCCUUGCAGGGUUUGAUGGAUUUCGUAUCCAACGCUCUGAUCAGACUUUUCUCUUCCUUGGAGAGGGUCAUACCUCAGAAGAUGGAAACAUAUCUUUGCCUCCUGGAUCUUUGAUUGUGCUGUCUCACAAGGAGAAAGAGAUCACAAAUGCUCUGGAAGGAGCUGGUGUUCAACCAUCAGAAGCUGAGGUUGCGCAUGAAGUGGCUCUGAUGUCUCAAACUAAUAUGUAUAGACCUGGAAUUGAUGUUACUCAGGCUGAGCUUAUCCCUCAUUUGAAUUGGAGAAGACAAGAGAGGACCGAGAUGGUUGGCUCUUGGAAAGCCAAGGUUUUUGAUAUGCUUCAUGUACAAGUGAGUGUGAAGUCUAGGAGAGUUCCUGGUGCUUUGACUGAUGAGGAGCUUUUUGCAGUUAACGAUGAUGAUAAAUUGGCAAAUGGUGCUGAAAAUGAUGAGUUUGAUGAUGUACUGACCGCUGAGGAGAGAAAGCAGUUAGAUUCUGCACUCGGGAUGGGGGAUGGGUUUGUUGAGGAAGAAGGCAGUGAAGUCCAAGAUUGCCAUGAUAACUUUGAUGCUGGUUCACUUGAUAGUUUUGAAUCAAAUGGUACCGCCAAAGAGAAGAAAGGUUGGUUUGCUUGGAACAAGAAAAGCUCAAAGAACAUUGGAGAUGAUCCUGAUGACUCAAAAAAUCUGAAAAAGUUUUCAAAGUUGGCACUUGAUGAUAGCAAGCAGAAAGCCAAUGACAGUCGCCGAUCAUCGUCUGAAUUUCCUAGGGAAGAUAUGGGGGACCCUAAGAAGUCAAAAGAUAAAAGUAGCAAGAAGAAAAAGAAGAAAGGAACGACUGUUGAAUCAAAGAAUGAAAGUGAAUAUAAGAAAGGUCUGAGACCUGUUUUAUGGUUGACACCAGAUUUUCCCUUGCGAACCGAAGAACUCUUGCCUUUGCUCGACAUAUUGGCUAAUAAGGUCAAAGCUGUCAGAAGACUUCGCGAGCUUUUGACUACCAAGCUGCCACCGGGAACUUUUCCUGUCAAGAUUGCCAUUCCAAUUGUCCCCACAAUACGUGUGCUGGUGACAUUUACGAAAUUCGAGGAGCUUCAGCCAGUAGAGGAGUUCUCAACCCCUCUCUCCAGCCCUGCACAUUUUCAAGAUUCCAAGUCUAAAGAAUCUGAGGGUUCAACAUCAUGGAUUUCCUGGAUGAGGGGAAGCCGUGGGGGCCAGUCGAGUGACAGUGAAGGCCGGAGCUUCUGUGAUGAAGCUGAUCCUUUCAACAUACCAUCGGACUAUGCAUGGGUUGAUGCGAAUGAGAAGAAACGCCGGUUGAAGGCAAAGAAAGCAAAGAAUAGGAAACAUAGAAAGCAUGCUAGCAGCAGACAACAUCCAGACGGUGCACGGAGACCCAACGAGGAAGUGGUGGAAUAGUACAGAUAGAGGGCAUCGUGGAGGUUAGAUCUGCUAGUUGAAAACAUCCGUCCGCCUAAUGUUUUAUUCAAGCAUGGUUGUAGAUUGAUGGCUAUAUCAAUUUGGGGUUUGCCUCAUUGUUGUACUAGAAGAUUUUCGUCCUCCUUCCUCUUGUUUGUAUUGUUGUUCCCACAUUGAAAUUGAUGCAGUUGGUGUAUUAUUUUGUUUCUAGGAUUGCUGUUUUAAAUGUAUCUAUAGCUAAUUUUGCAUGUUAUUUCUGGAUUGUUAGCUUCAUUACGCAUAAUGUUUUGAUCAUUUUUGAACUUGUA